AUGAGGGAGAUCCCUUAUGAAGUUCUUAAAAAGGCUCGCAGCAGUUUUUCUGAUUUCGAGCUAGCAGACCCAGUAGAUGCUGAUGAUGGGCAUCUGCUGCAGCAAGCCGCACAGGGUUCAGGGGGGCCAUCAGAAUCUAUGGUGGCAAGCACGGAGAACUGGUCCAGUGCUGGGACAAGCAGAGCAGCGAAACGUAGAUCCUCGGAUGGAAAUUUGGUGACAUUUUUUGAUACUGCUUCGGCUGAGGCACUGGAUGAUGCUGUUGCAGAGUUCUUCUUUGCCGAGAACAUCUCCUUCAACACAAUCCGAAGAGACAACUUGAAGAAAAUGCUGAAAGUUGCCGCAAAAGUGGGGCAUCCAGUGAUUGACAACCUCAUGGGAUAUGAGAAGUUGCGGACAACUGAGCUACAACGAAUAUACAACAACGUUCAAAAGCGGCUUGAAGAUGUGUGGCUAAGUUGGAGGACAUAUGGUUGUACCAUUGUCACGGAUGGCUGGUCUGAUAUCAAGAAGAGGUCUCUUAUCAACUUCAUGGUCAGUUCUGUGAGAGGCUCAAUUUUCCUGAAGGCUGUGGACAGCAAGAAUGCGAAGAAAACCGGAGCAUGGUUGUUUGAGCAGCUGAAACAAGUGAGUGCCGAGGUUGGUGCGGAAAACGUUGUGCAGGUGGUGACAGACAAUGCAAGCAACUGCGUGGUCAUGGGGGAGCUUUUGCAGCAGGAGUUUCCACAGAUUGUACACGUUCGCUGCGUUUGCCAUGUUAUGGACUUGCUGUUCGAAGAUAUUGGAGCUCUGUCUUGGGUGCAGCCUUUCGUCGAUGGCUGUGCAAAGAUAGUUACCUUCAUCACCUCAAAGCCACGGGUUCUAGCUCUUUAUAGAACUUUCUGCAAACGGGACCUGAUAAAGCCUGUGACCACGAGGUUUGCUUAUAUUUUUCUUGUGAUGUCUCAGCUUCUGGAGACCACUAAUCUCUCCGGGCUUCGAAGAAUGGUGGAUUUCCUACUUGAAUCACACGGUCUGAAGGAGGCAAGGUGGUAUCAAAUGCACAACGUCAUUCAUGGAGCUGCUUUUGCUCUUCAUCCUCUGUUUCUGGGGGAUAACCCAGAGAAUGACAAGCUGGACAAUGAGGCACGCGGGAACUGGUUGGAGUACAUGCAUGUUUAUAGCGGAGGUGAUCUGGACUUGCAGCUGAGAUUGCAGGCACAGUUUGAGAGGUUUCGGCAACAGCUUGGACAGCAAAUGAGGUUACCUGUUGCCAAGGAUCGAGAGACCAGAAAGUUUCCAGUAACCUGGUGGAGUUCUUUUGGUUUAGAGAUGCCUGAUCUACGUCACAUGGCUCUCCGGAUUUUAAGCCAGGUUGUUUGCACUUCUCCAUGCGAGAGGAAUUGGAGCUCAUGGAGCUUGAUACAAACAAAGCACAGGUCCCACUUGCUUCCCAAAAAUGCUGAGAAGCUGGUUUACAUUCAUACAAACUUGCGGGUUGUUCAGAAGCUGGAGAGUGAAGGUUUGAGGAUGCUGGAGAUUGAUAUAGACAAGCUGGAGUUGGAGCCUCAUUGGAAGAGGAUUUUGGAUCUGCAAGAAGCUUUUGAGGAACCAAAUCAGGCUACUAACGAGUUUAGCAUCGAUGAAAAAAUGGAAGAUGAUUCAGAAUCGGAAGACGACUAA